GUACUGCGGUUACGAAAAUUUAUCAGCUUCAAUUUUUGACGUCGCUUCGGCUGAUGAAGAGAUGACAUUUCUUCCUUUUUCAGCUUGAUUGUUUGAUUUUGUAAAGCCCUAUGUAGUUGUUCCAAGAUGAGUCUGACAGCGUCAUCCCAGAACGUGCCCAGGAUCAUGGUCUUUCGGCCUACCCUGGAGGAGAUGAAUGACUUCUCUGGCUACAUCUCCUACAUGGAGUCCCAGGGUGCGAACAGAGCCGGUGUCGCCAAGGUGAUUCCACCGAAGGAGUUUGUGCCUCGUAAGAACUACGAUGAUCUGGACUUGAUCAUUCCUGCACCGAUCCAGCAGGAGGUCAUGGGUCAUCAAGGCCUCUACACACAGUAUAACAUCCAGAAGAAGGCCAUGACUGUCAAGGAGUUUGCUAAAUUAGCCAACAGUGCAAAGUAUCAGACCCCACCCCACUUUGGCUAUGAAGAUCUGGAGCGAAAGUACUGGAAGAACAUCACCUACAACCCUCCCAUCUACGGGGCCGACAUCUCGGGCUCGGUCUACGAUAAAGGUGUGGACACCUGGAACAUCAACCGCUUGAAUACAGUCUUGGAUAUUAUCGAGGAAGAGCAAGGUGUGAAGAUAGAAGGUGUGAACACUGCCUACCUCUACUUUGGAAUGUGGAAGACAACAUUCGCCUGGCACACCGAAGACUUGGAUCUGUACAGCAUUAACUAUCUCCAUUACGGUGCCCCAAAGUCUUGGUAUGCUAUACCUCCUGAGCAUGGUAAACGCCUGGAGAGGUUAGCGACUGGUUUCUUCCCUGGUAACUUCAAGAUCUGUUCCAACUUCCUGAGGCACAAGAUGUCCAUCAUCGCCCCGCACAUCUUGAAGAAGUAUUCCAUACCUUUUAACAAGAUUACCCAAGAGCAAGGAGAGUUCAUGGUGACGUUCCCCUUCGGGUAUCACUCUGGGUUCAACCAUGGCUAUAACUGUGCUGAAUCUACCAACUUUGCCUCACUCAGAUGGAUCAACUACGGCAAGAGAGCCAGCUGUUGCACUUGCCAGAAGGACUCUGUAAAGAUCAGCAUGGAGCCGUUUGUGAGGGUGUUCCAACCGGACCGCUACGAAGCCUGGAAAGCAGGCAAGGACUCCCUCUACAUAGAGGAGGUGGACAAUCCCACUGGGCACGGCAGCAGCAUGAGAAACAUGAAGGAACCCCCUAUGCUGCCAUUCACCGCCACGAGUGACGAGCUCCCCAGGAGACAUCCAGUACACAAGAAGGAUGGUAGACGGACAAACUCUCCUAAUGCACUUCCAAAGAAAAAGAAGAAGAAAAUCAAAGAGCCAGAUAUUUUGGUCGACGGAGUUACUCUUGAUGCUCUGAAGAAGAAGUACAAGAAGCUGAAGAAGAAAGCAGAAUUGGGAAAAGGUGAUGCAAAGACCAGCAGCAAGGAUACCGAUGCAAGUGAUAGCAGUCUUAAGCUGAAGAAGAAGAAGACGAAGAAGGUGAAGGACAAAGAUGGUGUCUCGAAGAAGAGGAAAUCUACCUCGAGCGGGGAGGGAGAGUCACCGACCAAGAAGAAAAAGACAGACUCCAAGAGCAAGCUGUCGGGCGAUGGCACGAACAAGAAAAAAACAGUGGGGCAUCUUGUCAUCGUACCCGAUGCAGAGAAGCGGAAAAAGCAGAACAGUAGCCCCAAGAAACUGAAAGACAUUACCAAAGUCGCCAAGGGGGGGAAAAAACCGAGGGGCAGGCCGAAGAAAAUGUCCGUGAAAGGCAGUGGUGAUGCGCCAACUUCAUCAGCCAACGGUGCGGAUGUGAAGCCCAGGGUGGAGGAUGGCGUGUCGGAAGGGGAAGAGGAGGAGGAUAACAGGGGUGGCGAGUAUUCUGAGACCAGCAGGUGGGUCAUGUUUGACCAUCGCUACUCAGCGGUCCUCAAGCCGCAAGGGAAGCCCUCCUCGUCCAAGAACACCUACAAGCAUAAGCACCAACCCAGACCGUCAAGGGAAGAGGAAGGACGUAGGCAGAUGGUACGGAUGAGGAAAGGCAAGGACCGAUGCCCAUCACCCCCUCGUACGGCAGUGGCCAUGUUGGAAUAUAGGCGGGCUCUGGCAAUGCCUAAGCCAGGCGGCUUACCUCAAGUGCUACCUCAGUCUCUGGUUCACACACAUUCUGCCUUUACGAUGAAAGAAACCAGAGCUAUGAAGGAUUGGGCGCGGUCCCUCAACGGUCUCUGGGUUACUCAGCCCACCAACUUCAUGAUGGAGAUGGUGCACAAUGCGUCCAUGGCCGAUCAGAAGCCAGGAUGUUGUGUGUGUCGGAUCUUCUUUCAUGACAAGCUGGGCAUCUAUGAUGAGGAUGACUCGGGCAAGACGGUGCUGGCGGGGUCAUCGCAAGACUACCGUAAGUUUGUCCUGACACCGGAAGACUGCUUUGCUGCUACUCAGGAGAACUCGAACCCCUCCUGUCAUAACCCCCUCAUCGAUGACGAGGCAUGUAGCCCUAUACUCUCAUGUAGUUCCUGCAAUAUGGCCGUUCAUGCAAGUUGCUAUGGACAUUCUCCACGAGAAGAUGAUAAACCAUGGCUCUGUCAGAGAUGCCAAGAAGAAGACUGGUCAGCUGUGUGUUGUCUGUGUAACCUUCGGGGCGGGGCGCUGAGACAUACCACCAGUGGGAAAUGGGCCCACAUCAUGUGCGCCAUGGCCAUCCCAGAGAUACGCUUUGUCAACGUAAAGGAGAGGAGUCCCAUCGAUUGCUCUAACAUCUCGGAAGCAAGGCUGAAACUGAAAUGCUUCUUCUGCCGAUCGUUCAUCAAGUACAGUCCCAAGUUUGGUUCCUGCAUCCAGUGCUCUGUAGGCAAGUGCGCCAUAUCAUUCCAUGUAACGUGUGCCAACGUAGCUGGUGUGAUCAUGGAGCCUGGAGUCUGGCCCUGUGCGGUCUUUGCCACCUGUAUCAGGCAUCCUGUCAACGUCAAAGACUGGACGAGGAUACGUAAGAUGAAGAAGAUCCAAACAGGGGACCAAGUGAUUGCCAAGCAUAAGAACAAUCGGUACUACAACUCAGUAGUGAAGGGAGAGAAGGCUCAGCUCUUCUGCCAUGUGGUGUUCAAGGAAGAUCAAAGCUUCUGUGAUAAUCUCUACCCAGAAGAUAUCGAGAGUCACAACAUUGCCGCAGACGGGGUACCCGAGGUGGGAAGUGACGUUGAAGUGCGGUGGGUGGACGCUCUCCUCUACCCAGGUACCUUCAUCAACAGCUACUCCACCAAGAUGUACGAGGUCCUGUUUGAAGACGGCUCGGUCAUCACCGUCAAGAAGGAGGAUAUCUAUAAGGAAGGUGAACCCAUGCCCAAGAAGGUGCGGGCAAGACUGUCUGAAGCUACAGAAGUGCGGUACAUUGGAUUCAGUGACCUGGCUGAACUGUCCAACCAAGACAAGACGACACACAAGGAGGAGAGUGAGAGAUUAGGAGCAGGGACAUCGGCCUUGGGUUCACCCUCCAAAACCUCUUUUCAAUCAGGAAAUCAACAAAGGACUGAGACCACUCAUGCAACAGAAUCAAUAAAUAGCAAUGGAAGCUCAUGGAACACUAUGUUUGCUCCUUCGACAAGCAACAGUGCGUCGGGGGGUGUAAAGGAAGCAAUGGACAGUGCAAAUGCAAGAUUAAAAGAGCAUGAGGAAGAUACAGACUCUGUGGCCGUCACAACGCUUGCGCUGCAAUUCAACGAUAGCAGUAGCACCGCCCCGACGUUGCAAGGUGCUGUUUUAAUUGCUCCCGGUGUGACCGUAAAGACUGAAGCAGACCCUCAAGCAAUACAAGGGUCUAGCAGCGGCGAGGGCCAUGUCUACUUUCCCAACGAUGCAUCGCUCAAGCUCGAUACUGUGUCAUUCAGACCAGGUGAAACGGCGCCAAAUGGACGAUUCUUUUUGCAGUGAUUUCUGAAAUAGCCAUUCGUAGUUUUUUGUAUAUUCCAGGCACGUGAUCAAACAACUGCAGGUGUUUUUUUCCUUUUCCGGAUGAGAGUUGCAGGGAUUCAUAGAUAACCAGCACAUCUGCAACACUUGAUAAAGCCUGGACAACUGAAGAGAAAUUAUGCCAAGGUGUUAAUGUACAGUUAUGCUGUUAUGUGAAUGGAUUCCGCUUCAUUUGAGCCGACUUUGAGUAGAUGGUGAAAUAGAAGUUGCAGGCUAGGUGGAUUUUUUCAAAAGCUAGACAUUUAAAAUGAACAAGCAUGUCAGGUUUUCCCAUGCAAUAUUAAGACAUUGGUGCAUGAAGACUUCUUAUUGUGUACAUUUGUCUUAUGUACCAUCGUUCAAUUUUCAUGUUAUAACUCCAGAUAAUACAACCGUAUACUGUGUUG